AUGUCUGGAAAGCCUAGACAGCUCAUCCCCCAGGUCGGCGAAUACCUGUCGGCCGUGGUAUUCUCCUUCCCCGAGAUGCCGAUGAUCCUGGGUGGCAGCCGCCACAUCGUCGUGCACUUCAGCCAGUCGGUCGCAGUCGACCAGAUCACCGUCUUGAAGCUGGUUCUCGCCAAGCUCAAGGCCGGCGACUUCAAAUGGUCCCUCAGGAAGCCGUGCCACGAUUACUACACCUACCACUUCGAAGUCGAGGUCCCGGCCACCGUCGAAGAAGAUGAAGAGUGUAAGAACGCAGCGAUCGAUUUCGUCAGCCGCCGGCUGGAAGAUGCCCAGCAUUUGGGGGGGAAGCGACAGGGGAAGUCUUCGGUGAAGGAUGCGCGGGAAAAGGAUAACGUUGCCCGUGUUAAGGCGAAGAUGUAUUCUAAGGUUCCGCCGCCGGGUCCUUCGGAGCCUGCUCCGCCUGUUCAGUCGAUGGUUGAUGAAUCUCUUUUGGACGAGGAAGAGAGGAGGAAGAAGCAGGAGGAGUGGUAUUGGGGAUUUCUUGAGGCUGAGAGUGUGGAUAGUUCCCUCGAUGGCCUGUUUGACGUUGAGGAGAUCCAGAGUGAUCUUUGUUUUGGCUCAUGUUCUGGUUAG